AAGACAAAGCAUCUCUUCCGUACAACAUGGUGGAACCCAGAAUUGCGGAAGCGUUUGAGUUUUGCCGGGACGCUCAUCCUUCCGCAAGAUGAAGAGCUCGGAAGUGCUCGUUGCCUAACAAGCUCCGACAUGAGCACGGACAUCAAGGAAGAGGUUCCUUCCUUAUGAAACAAAAGCGGCAACUAUACCCAUGAACGCAUUGUAUAUUGACAAACACGGAGACCCUCGUGAGGAUGAUAGAGGUUAUAAAACAUUUUUGAGCAGGUGAAGCUGUGAGUGAGAUGAACAAUGUCUAGACAAACGACAGUUGCUGUCAUUGCGGCCACUGUAUUGGGUAUUGGAGCAGGAAGUCUAGUUUUCUGGAAAGUUUGCCGUAGUCAUCGGAAAGACAAAGCCUGCAUUCCACUUAACCAAGGAGGGGUUGUCAAAGAACAAGAAAAGGAGGAUCUCACAGAAGAAAAGUUUCUUCCUCUCAUCUCCUCUCCCACAGUCCCCUGGGUGGAAAAGAUUCUUGGGGGAGAAAUAGUGAUUGUUUCUGAUGCAGGUGAAUGGAGUCGACUGGAAUCCUUACUAAGAAAGGAGUUGGAACAUUGUCCAGUCCUUGGAAUUGACUGUGAGUGGGUCUCUAUCAAAGGGAAGGCCAAGCCUAUCUCUCUCCUGCAAAUGGCAGCCCCCAGUGGUCUUUGUGUCCUCCUUCGCUUAUCCAGGCUAACCAGUGGAGAACAGACUCUUCCAAAGACAUUGCAGGACAUCCUAGCAAAUGGUGACAUCCUGAAAGUUGGGGUAGGGUGUUGGGAAGAUGCUUGCAAGUUGCUUCAUGACUAUGGGGUAGUAGUCAAGGGGAGUAUUGACCUCCGAUAUCUGGCCAUGAGACAAAGUAAGUCCCUCCCACCAAGUGGACUCAGCCUCAAAUCUCUAGCAGAACAGUUCUUGAACUACUCACUUGACAAAUCGCUUCAUCUGCGGUGCAGCAACUGGGAGAGCGAGCAACUGACGAAAGAACAGAUUGCUUAUGCUGCCAAGGAUGCCCAGGUAUCAGUAGCUCUGUUCAUCCAUCUACUGAAACUGCCCUUCGUCCUUUGUGCAGAAAGAAGAGAGCAUGUUCUUCCUGUUUGGGAAAAGUGCCUGAGAAAGUGUCAGGGCUUAGUGGAUGUACCAUUCAAAGGAAGAAACAGUAGUUGCCUUGGUGAUGAUAACAACACAGAAGCAGACUUGCAGCAAAAAACAAAGAAUCAGAAGUCACUUUCUAAUGAGCAAUCCCCAGUGAAGCAGCAAGUGAAGGACCCUUGGAAACACAAGCGGAAGCCCCUGGGAGUAGGAUAUUCUGCUAGGAAAUCUCCUCUAUAUGACAAUUGCUUCUUAUAUGCGCCAGAUGGGCAACCUUUAUGCACUUGUGAUCGUAAGAAAGCCCAGUGGUAUCUUGACAAGGGCAUAGCAGAGUUAGUGGGUACUGACCCAUUUAUUGUGAAGCUACUGUUUGAACCUUCUGGGCGUCCUGAAUCUCAGGUGGAUUAUUAUUUAACAGUCAAAGAGAACAUGUGUGUUGUUUGUGGCAAGACAGAGUCUUAUAUUCGAAAGAACAUAGUGCCUCAUGAAUACCGGAGACACUUUCCCAUCCAGAUGAAGGACCAUAACUCUCAUGACGUGCUCCUCCUCUGCACUGCCUGUCACGCUAUUUCCAAUUAUUAUGACAACCAUCUGAAACAGCAGUUGGCUGAGGAGUUUGGUGCUCCCAUUGGCUGUGAGGAGGGCGUUCGCCUGCUUGAAGAUCCGAUCCGCAGGCAAGUCCGUUCAGGUGCUAGGGCUCUUCUGAAUGCAGACAGCCUGCCUGAUGCCAGGAAAGAGGAACUGUUACAGGUGGUCAAGGACUUCUUUCACUCUGUGACAGUUUCCCAAGAGAUACUGCAAGCAGCAGCUGGAUUGGAAAUCAGGAUUUGUAAUGAGAGCUACAUGCCACAUGGUCUGAAAGUGGUACAGUGCUUUGCCAAAGAGGGACUGCACUCCCUCAUGCAGCUGGAGAGACGCUGGCGCCAGCACUUCUUGGACACUAUGCAGCCCAAGCAUCUCCCAAAGCAGUGGUCUGUUGAUCACAAUCAUGAGAAAUUGAUCCGAAAGUAUGGCAAGGAUCUCCAAGUUGAAUUGUCUUGAAAGUUGGAGCUUCCAGAAAAUAUUCGUAGACUGACAUGAUUGAUGAAUUGAGAAAACGUAACUAACGUCUCCUGUUUCCCUUUGGUCUCCCAUACUGGAUGUGCUACAUUUGGCUAGCUUCCUUCUGCUGAGUCAGACCAUUGUUCUGUCAAGGUCAGUACUGUCUACUCUGACUGGCAGCAGCUCUCAUGGGUCUCAAACAAAAGCCUUCCAUAUCACCAGCUGCCUGAUUCUUUAACUGGAGAUGCGGGAACUGAACCUGGGACCUUAUCUACUAGGGGUGUGCAUAAUGAAAAAACGAGCUGAAAAUACACACAAAAAUUACUGGUUCAGCACAUUAAAGCAACUCCUGGAAUGACAGAACAAAUUUGGGAAAUAAGGCUGUAAGGUCUCCCGCCCCCACUGAAAAGUUUGUGUGUUUUGUUUCCGUUCUUACCAUGCACAGGUUGUGCAGGCGGACAAGGCAGUGCGAGGCCAUCUGGCAGCUUCUUGUUCUCCUUGACAGCAAGUCUAUCUGCACUCAUCAAUGAUGCAAUCAAUUGGAUCCAAAGGGAAGAGACUGAGCCCUUAGCAUUAACUCUGUUGGCGGGAAAGGGAUGUGCCAUUGACAUUGAGUGGCUGAUAGGGAUCAAAUUGCAAAAAGUUUGCUUUGCGCCAGGGAGGGGAGCAACAGACAGUACAGUGCCAUCAGCUCCAGUGUUGCAAUCGUCAUCCCUUUCUGUGAGUUUUUACAGAAAUGCAAGGAAAGGCCAGCAAUACAUAUGUGGCAUGCAUAUGUGGGUUUGAGGAGGGAUGGAUCUCCUUCAGCCUCCAAGCUCCUAGCUGCAGAUGUUAUGCAGAUUAUGCAGAUUAGGGUGAAAAUUGGAAAGAAAAAGCAAUUAUUAAGGGGGAGCUGCACGGAAGAGGUCCCAGGCACUAGGAGCUGGUUCAUGCCCAUUCAGUGGCCUGCUGCUGCUGCUGUCCUUCACCUAGGUGCCGUAAUGCCAGGGCCACCACUAUGACUAAAGAAGUCCUCCAAAGAUAGUGGGCUGAGGUACACCAGGAGGAAUUCAAUCUUGUCCAGAGAAAGCCGCCUGGCUUUUGGGGCUUCUUAAAAUUAAAACUUAAUACAGCAUUAAAUUAUGGGGAGGUAGCAGAUGUGUGCAUUGUACACUCACACAUGCAUGCAUCCCCAAGUCUUUCCAGAUUAGUAUUCCAUGUAGACCAGUCUAGUCAGAUUUUUUUAUUUUCUGGCACAGCGACAGGACUCUCUGCUUGAGCUGUUCCCGCAUUGCUUCUUUUUCCUUUUCAUUCUACUGCGGGUUAAUAGUUUUAGUUGGAAAGAAAGCCUGGCAGCCAGCAACCUGUCCAGUCCCAUUUUUAAUAAGAAAAAAGAGGGCAAUCCUCCCUUUACUUCCCUGCCCAUGAAGGAAGAACCAACAUCUAUCCCUUUCUAUGCUUUUUUUAUGCACAGUGAAAGAACAGGCCAGUGGCUGGUGGGUUUAAAUAGGGAGUCAGUCCCAGUCUGCUGCAGAGCAGAUUAGAAGGAUACACCCUCCCUUCAUCAUGGAAACAAAACUACAAUGCACAGGGAAACAUGGAAACAUGGCAUAACAGCCAGCCUCAAAGGUAAUAAUUUAUUGGUUUUGUCACUAAAGCGGGAAUGUUUUUUUUAAAAAUUUCACUGUGCUAUGCCAGUUGGCAGAGGAGCUCUCUUCUGCUUGCAUGCUGUGCUGGCACACUGUACUGGCGCCACUUUGUCAGCAAGUUUCCUGCCAUUGUGUGCACCCAGCCACGAACACUCACCUUCUUUGUUGUCCAUUUGGUAUGAUUUUUCAUGAGCUUGAGGAGAAACUCAAUGGAUUGAUGAGUUUUUUGGUUAAGCGCUAAUAGAGCCUCAUUUCCCCAACUUCUAUCCUUGAAAAGAACAUUAUGUGCAUGUGUAUGCAUUGUGCA